ACAUUCUCUCUCUCCUAAUUAAGUUAGGAUCCAAACAUCCUCCUUAAAUAAACUUCACGAGGUAGGAGUGUUCAAGAUAACUUGAUACCUCGAGCGACUAAAUAUAGCAAAAAUGGAGAAAAAGGAAGAGGUGGAGGAGGCGAAGAGGACGACUCCACGCCACUUAGCACCACCCUAUAUCGCAACAAACGUGAAUAAAGUUUUUCUUAUGUAAUCCAUCGUAACUCCUAGUGAAAAAGUCUUCAUCUCUUUCAUCCAUUGCUCUAUUUUUGGCUUUUUACUUCAUCACAACCGAGGUGGGUUUCUUCGUUCUUUAAUUCUUUGCUUCAAUCCAACUACUAUUGCUUUCCUAUAAUUACAGGCUAUAAAUACAUACGAUUGUAAUCGGUCCGUAUAGUUUUUCAAUUGCAAGAAACCCUUUUGAAACUUACACAAAUCAGUCUGCUUGAAUUUUCCGAUGGAUCGAAAUUUCGUAAUUAGGGUUCUUGUUCUUGUCAUACAUUUGGGGGUUUGGGUAUCAGCAAAUGUCGUUUUUCAGGUCCAGCACAAGUUUACCGGCAACAGAAGGUCUAUAACUGCUUACAAAGCUCAUGAUACCUACCGUCACCGGAGAAUCCUCUCCGCCACUGACCUCCCUCUGGGUGGCAACGGCAGCCCCUCCGCCGCCGCGCUAUAUUUCACGGAAAUUCAAAUCGGAACUCCACCAAAGAAAUAUCAUGUGCAAGUCGAUACUGGAAGCGACCUCUUAUGGAUAAACUGUAUCGGAUGUCAAAAUUGUCCCCAAAAAAGUGACCUUGGAAUUGAACUUACAUUUUAUGAUCCAAUGUCCUCCACAAGCUCCCAAAUGAUUACUUGCGAUCAAGAUUUUUGCACAACCACCCUCGAUGCCUCUAACAAAGCUUGUAUUAUUGGAAUGCAAUGUUCAUAUCUUGUUAGAUAUGGUGAUGGGAGCUCAACAAAAGGGUAUUUUGUUAGAGAUAAUGUCAAGCUCGAUAGGGUUUCGGGGAACCUUCAAACCGCAUCCAUGAAUGGAAGCAUUACUUUUGGGUGUGGGGCCCGGCAUUUUGGGGGACUAGGUUUAUCCCAACAAGCACUAGAUGGGAUUCUAGGGUUUGGUCAAGCGAAUUCUUCGAUAAUUUCGCAGCUUGCUUUGGCUAAAAAGGUAAAAAAGACGUUUUCGCAUUGCUUGGCUAGUUCUAAAGGAGGUGGGAUUUUUGCUAUUGGAGAAGUGGUGUAUCCGAAAGUGAAAACAACACCGAUUUUACCCAACGAGAUACAUUAUAAUAUUGAAUUGAAGGCAAUUGAGGUGGGUGAUGAUUUCAUCCAACUUCCAACAAAUAUAUUCAACACACCUUCCAAACGUGGAACAAUAAUUGAUAGUGGAACAACCUUGGCUUAUUUUCCUCAUGUCAUUUACACCCAACUUAUGCAAAAGAUUAUGGCCACACAAACAAAUAGAGUACCUCAUACACUUGAUCAUCAAUUCAAGUGUUACAGAAACCCCGGAAAUGUUGAUGAUGUGUUUCCAAUGGUCACGUUUCACUUUGCAAAUUCACUUCCAUUGAAAGUUUAUCCCCAUCAAUAUCUUUUCCAAAUUCAGUCGAAAGAUUGGUGCAUUGGUUUUUUGAGCAACGGGUUGCAGCCUAAGGAGGGUAAAGAUUUGAUCUUGUUGGGAGAUCUUGUAUUAACAGACAGGUUGGUUACGUAUAACAUGGAAGAUCAAACUAUCGGAUGGAUUGAAUAUGAUUGCUCAUCGAGCAUUAAAGUGAAAGAUGAAGAGACGGGGAGGGUGUACCAGGUUGGGUCCCAUGAUAUUACAUCAUCGUCUGGUUGUAAACAUGAGUGGUUUAUUGUGUGGUUGGUGUUUAUAAUAGCUACUAAAAUAGUUGUGUAUUAGAAACCAUUGACCAUAGUUGUAACCAUGGUCAAUGGUUGUGUUUAAUAAAUAAAGUAUAAAGUAUGUUUUAAGAGUA